AGUCGCAUCUCACAAUUGGUUAAGCAGAGCCGGCAACAUGUGGAAUGCGACGCCGAGCGAAGAGCCUGGCCCCAACCUUACACUGCCGGGUCUGGGUUGGGACGCUUCCCCAGAGAACGACUCGCUCUCGGAGGAGCUGCUGCCGCUCUUCCCCGCGCCGCUGCUGGCCGGCGUCACCGCCACCUGUGUGGCGCUCUUCGUGGUGGGCAUCGCCGGCAACCUGCUCACGAUGCUAGUGGUGUCGCGCUUCCGCGAACUGCGCACCACCACCAACCUCUACCUAUCCAGCAUGGCCUUCUCCGACCUACUCAUCUUCCUCUGCAUGCCCCUAGAUCUCGUCCGCCUCUGGCAGUACCGGCCCUGGAACUUCGGCGACCUGCUCUGCAAACUCUUCCAGUUUGUUAGCGAGAGCUGCACCUACGCCACUGUGCUCACAAUCACUGCGCUGAGCGUCGAGCGCUACUUUGCCAUCUGCUUUCCGCUACGCGCCAAGGUAGUCGUCACCAAAGGCCGGGUGAAGCUGGUCAUCCUGGUCAUCUGGGCAGUGGCCUUUUGCAGCGCGGGACCCAUUUUCGUGCUGGUCGGGGUGGAGCACGAGAACGGCACCGACCCUCGGGACACCAACGAGUGCCGCGCCACAGAAUUCGCCGUGCGCUCGGGACUCCUUACGGUCAUGGUCUGGGUGUCCAGCGUUUUCUUCUUCCUGCCUGUUUUCUGCCUCACUGUGCUCUACAGCCUCAUCAGCAGGAAGCUGUGGAGGAGGAGGCGCGGCGAGGCGGCUGUGGGCACCUCGCUUCGGGACCAGAAUCACAAGCAAACGGUGAAAAUGCUAGCUGUAGUGGUGUUUGCUUUCAUCCUCUGCUGGCUGCCCUUCCAUGUAGGAAGGUAUCUGUUUUCCAAAUCCUUCGAACCCGGAUCCCUGGAGAUCGCUCAGAUCAGCCAAUACUGCAACCUUGUGUCCUUUGUCCUGUUCUACCUCAGUGCUGCCAUCAACCCCAUUCUGUACAACAUCAUGUCUAAGAAAUACCGGGUAGCAGUAUUCAAGCUUAUGGGAUUUGAAUCCUUCUCCCAAAGGAAGCUCUCCACUCUGAAGGAUGAAAGUUCCCGGGCCUGGACAGAAUCUAGUAUUAACACAUGACCAAGCACAUCGCUGAGCAAAGUCA